CCGUCUUCACGGUGACUACGCAACCAAUCAGAUUGCAGCUUCCUUCAAGACGCGUCAUCACGGGCUUUCAACUUGUAAACACGUGUUCGCAUCGGUGCGUAAGGAGAGAGUUUAAACAGCUGAUUAAAAGUACUUGUUUUUAACAACCAAUUAAACAUGGCAAAAAGCCUGCGGAGUAAGUGGAAGCGGAAGAUGCGCGCAGAGAAGAGAAAGAAAAACGCCCCAAAGGAACUGGCUCGACUGAAACAAGCCCUGAGUCUGGAUAAGAAAGUUGAUUCUGUCAUGACUGACGCGGAGAUCGUCACAGUGGUCCCGGCUGAGAAGAUCACGAAGCAGACGGAUGUGGAAUUGCAGGAGGCAGAAGGUGAUGGUGGGAAAAUGGAUGUGGACAUCAAGCGCAACAAGAAAACUCUGUUGGAUGAACAUGGACAGUACCCUGCGUGGAUGAACCAGCGGCAGGUAAAGAAACUAAAAAGCAAGCGCAUCGCAAAGAAAAGUGGCCAAGGGAAGAAGAAGAAGAAGGGCAUUGCCUGGUGAAAUGGAAACCACAAGACUUUGCUGGAUGCAGACAAAUGUGAUCGUUUGCACCUGGAAACGGAUGCAUUUCUGCAGCAGAGUGUUUGUUAUGAUGCAGAAAAAGCUUGUUUUUAUGGAACAUCUUAUCCAUUUUUUGUUUGUUUAAAUUGCCAUUGACCGCUGUCAAUAAAAGGUAAAAUAUG